UGCAGCGCGGCGGGCGGACUCGUCCAUGGGCUCGGUCUUCAAGGCUCACGGAGAGCGAAUGUCGUCAUGAGCGAACCACAGGACAACAUGGCCGCUACCGUUGCUGUGAGUCCCAGUGAAUACCUGCAGCCCUCCACCACUUCCUCCUCCUCCACCUCUUCCACGCAGCAGGACUCUCAGCCUUCUCCUCUGGCACUGCUCGCUGCCACCUGUUCAAAGAUCGGCCCUCCAGCUGCUCAGGCACCAGUGUCUCCUCCUCCUGCUCAGCCACAGCCGCGGAGACUCCUGCCUAUCAAACCUGCCCCCAUUGCCCCCGCGCCUCCCAAAAACCUGGGCUUCCUCUCUGCUAAAGGCAACGUAAUCCAGUUGCCCACUCUAGGGUCAGCGGCCCCGGGGAGCCCCAUAGUACUCACAAUACAACAGAGCCCUGCCCGAACCAAUGUGCCCAACAUACAGUAUCAGAUCCAGGCCCCACAGACCAUCCAGAUGAUGCCUCAGGGGGGACAGAUCCAGCUUAUACCCAACACAAAUCAGGCCAUAAUUGCUGCUCCAAUGACUGUCCCGAGUCCGGCCCCUACCCCAGCCCCUCCCCAAAAAACAGUCUCCAUCAAACCCUCCUCUGCAAAGUCAAGGAAACAACAACAUCAACAGGCACAACAACAGGCACGUCAGAACAGCUCACAGAACAUAGUGCAGUUACCUGGAGGUCUGACUCUGCCUUUGAAUGUGGGAGCAACAGAAAUGGAGGAUAUGAUGACAGACGCUCAUACAGGUCCAAACAUUCUGAAAGGUCGUCGCGGAAGGAAGAAGAAGGCCACGACCAAUCAGAAUCCAGUUACAGUCCAGGCAGAAUCUCCUCUGCAGCCACAAGAGCAAAUGGAGACCAUUCUCAUCGAAGCAGGGGAUAAUAUUAUACAGGCGGGCAACAACCUCCUGAUCGUGCAGAGUCCAGGGCAGCCAGCGAUGGUGCAGCAAGUACAGCUGGUGCAGCCCAAACAGCCAGAGACUCAGGUGGUGCAGAUCCCACAACAGGCUCUGAAGGUGGUUCAGGCCGCGUCUGCCACUCUGCCCCCUGUCCCACAGAGGCAGGGUGGCCCCACCAGCAUCCAGGUGUCCCCUGCCGAUCCCACGCCCACACAGUUUUUAUUCAAGACCUCCUCUGGUGAGUGGCAGGCGGUGCAGCUCCAGGAGUCAACGUCUCAAGCAACAAUCCCCCCUGUUGCCACGGCUACGACCCCAGUAUCCACGACGUCAUCUCCUACAUCGACCAAUAGGAAGGCACCUCAGGGUGGGGGACGGAAGGAACGGACUCUGGCUAAAAUCGCCCCGGCUGGAGGAACGAUUGGCGGAGGUGUGAUCACCCUGAACUCUCCCCUGUCCCCAGCUCCACAACAAACUGUUCAAACCAUCAGCAUUAACGGGGUCCAGGUGCAGGGUGUCCCAGUUACCAUCACCAAUGCUGGAGGCCAGCAGCACUUGACGGUCCAGACGGUGCAGGGUGGAGGGCUGCAGCUUGCAGCUCUGAACCAGCCCACGGUCCAGGUGGACUCUCUGACACUAGAGCUGCCCCCAGGACCAGGAGAGAAGAAGAGGAGGGUAGCCUGCACCUGCCCCAACUGUAAAGAUGCAGACAAGAGGCCCGGGGAGGUCGGUAAGAGGAAGCAUAUCUGUCACGUUCCUGGUUGUGAGAAAACAUUCAGGAAAACAUCCCUGUUGCGUGCGCACGUCAGGCUGCACACUGGGGAAAGGCCCUUCGUCUGCUCCUGGGUUUUCUGUGGAAAGAGGUUCACAAGGAGUGACGAGCUACAGAGGCAUGCGCGCACACACACAGGGGACAAACGGUUUGAGUGCAGCCAGUGUCAGAAACGCUUCAUGAGGAGUGACCACUUGACGAAGCAUUACAAGACUCACAUAAACACGAAAAACCUGUGAGCCCUGGACUUUGAAAAAGAAACUUUUGAGAAAAAAAAAUCUCAGUAAUAUUUAACUGUGUACAACUUGGAGCAGCGGCCAGGAAGGGACCCUAUGACUGUCCCACAAUGGGAUCAACUCCAGGAGGUGUCUCAAAGCUAACAUAGUGUACAGACUCUCAACAUAUUAACAACUUCUUUCUAUCAGCAAAAAAACAAGAUGGCAAUGCUUUUUAUUUUAUUUAUUUUAUAGACUUCAAAUCAUCAAACAACAGUUACUUUUCAUUAUUUAGCUUCAAGAUUGGAUUUUAUAUGCAAAAAAAACCUGGUUUGUAUGUGGAAAAUGAAAAAAAAGUUACGAAUUGGCCCAAAAGAUGUUGCCUAGGAUCCAAAAUGUUCACUCCUUCAAUACUUUACAAAGAUGUGAGUCUGGUCUCCAGUAAAUCUCCCAUUUUCAAACUAAACUGUUAAUAACUGAGACAUAAAUUUAAUUUUAUUUAUAAAUCAUAGGUGACCAAUGAGCUCCUUCAUUUCAUAUGUAUCACUGAGGAAAAAAAAAACAAAUCUGAUAGCACCAUCACGUUUGGUUCUGGCUGAGACGCAAUGGGGGCCAGACUGAUAUCAACCUGUAUAAAAAAUACAGAGAUAUUCUGGAUUCACCAGGCAACAAAAGAUGUUGAAUUGUAAGUAUUUAAUAUGACUUUAUUUGACUUUUAUUUUGAGUGAAAUUGUGAGUUUUAUUUCAGAAAUACUUCGGCAAAAUAAUAGAGAUAAAUUGUAGGGAUGCACCGAUACCAAUACUGUUAUUGGAUAUUGUGCCAAUACUGAAAAAUUUGCUGGAUCAGAUAUCAGCUUCAAAAUAUUGUUUCAACUGAUACCGCUGUUGGACAUAUAAAUUUAUGUAAUAUGACUAUUUACUGCCGUUGGCCCAGAAAGUCUAUGUUUCAACUUUUAUUUAUACAAAGGGAUAGAUAAAUAACAGAUACAUAACACAUUUGGAUCAGUUUUUGUCUUUUUAUUUUUGCUUUACGAAAAUAAAACGCUGUUUUCAGUCUCUGCCUUGGUUAUCAGUUGAUAUCUGAUAUUGGCAGAUACUUAAAUCUUUAGUAUCAGAAUCGGAACUGAAAAAGCUGGAUUGGUGCAUCCCUAGUAAAUUGUGGUGAAUGUGGUACCAAUGGCCUUUUUGGUACAUCAUUUGCUAAUUUAAUUGAAUGGAGGUGAAUAGAUGACCUGCCAUCUUAAAAAUAUUUAUUUUAAUUAAACUAAUUUAUGAUAUACUUAAUUUUCAGGCCGUUUCUUCGUUAAGCAUAGGCACAAUUUAUGAAUUUAAAGGUGCAUUAUGUAACUUUUCUGAUGGGAUGGUUAGCCACCUGCUUGUCUUCACGGAUAAGUUAUUGUUUUGCCUUGAAUGAUCCACAGCAUGGCAAUAAACUUCUCUGUGUUGCUGUUAUUCAGCUAAAGGUGUAAUUGCUCAAAAAAAUUACAGUGAACAGGGUUGCCUAUCCACACAUGCAACUUGCUUGUCUCCAUGGUGAUUGAGGUUUAUGCCAUACUGUGGAACAUUCCAGACAAAGCAAGAACAUCUCCAUGGAGACAAGCAGGUGGCAGGUCUUCCACUUGAAAAGUUACUUAGUUAAAAAGCUAAUUCUUACAUAAUAAUCUGAAUUAAAUCAGUGGUUCUCAAUGUUUAAUUUUAUCCACAUUUUUGUUUUUGUUUAGAAGUGCGUUUAGUAAUGAUAUAUAAUCCCUUUUAGACAUAGAUUUAAGGCUGUGUACUGUGUUUUUCUUUGGUGACACUUGUGAAGUUUGGUAUUUGUGAUCCACUGAACUAAUUUAUGAUCUCCUGUCAAUACAUACAAAUAACAAUGGCAAUAUUUUUACUGCUUACUACUGAUUUCUGUCCAUCUUGUCCAGAGUCUGUAAUAACUUAACAAAACUAAAAUAUGUUGUUUUCCAAUGUCCUGGUAAAGAGUCCCAGCACCUGCUAGUCUCCAGGGAGAUGUUCUUGCUUUUCCUGGAAUAUUUCACAGUAUGCCAUUAAACUUGCCUUAUAGGUCAGAUCUGUAUGCCAUGUAGGUCAGAUUUGUGGAAAGGUGACCACACUCACAAUAAGGCAUGUUUUCUGAAGAAAUUUUUAAACAGUAAAAAACCUUUGAUUUAAUAGAUACAAGUUAGAUAGGUUUAAUGCCAUACUGUGAAACAUUCAGUCUGAAAAUAGUGGAAUGGCAUCUCCAUAGACAACCACAUCUCCAUAGACAAGCAGGUGGUGGACCCCUCACCAGAAAAGUUACAUAGUGCACCUUUAUCACCAUCUUUACUUGGCUGCAUAAUUUAUUAAAUUACUUUAUUUAAAAUGGUACUUCAAUAUUACACCCCACUGCCCAUUAUUUUGGCCUUUCCCUUGUUUCUGAAUCAUCGGUUGCUCAAUCUUGAACUAACUUAUUGCUCCAUCUAGUGGCGGUUUUGAACACUGUCAAUUCAAGCAAUCAAAGUUGCAUUCGAUUACAAGACACCAGACACCUUUUUUUUUUUUUUUUUUUUUAUUGUUACUGAUUUAUUAUUAAAGUAUUUUGAAAAUUAUCAGAAAUAUACUUUAGAGAUUUUAAAUUGCAUUGUGCUCAUUCUAUAGUAAGCACUACCACUGAAAAAAAUACUGGAGAUUGCCCAGCUCUGGUACCUCCUUAAUGAGAAACAAAAUCAAAAGCCAACAUAAAUUAAAAUAAUUCCUGGUUUAGUCCUGGCUUAGUUCUAAUUUGCUCCUAGCUAGAUUUAGUUGAUAGCAUUAUCAACUACAAAGAAAAUAACUUAAAUAUAAGCUGUAUGAGUUUGCUUUUGUUUGCUACCCCAAAUUUCAGCUUAAACUAAAAUCAUUUUUACAAAAUAGAUAUUGAUUUUAAAUAUGUAUUACACCUUCAUGUGGUUAUUUGGAAAAGAUGCUGACAAUCAAGUUGAAGCAAAAAUACCACUGCAUAAAAUUCCCUAAUAUAGCUUUAAUAUGGGAUUCUUUUGUUUAAUGCACUAUGAAGUUAUGAUUCAGUUGCAUCAUGUAAAUAGUCAUUAUUGGAAUACAAAAACUAAACCAGGGCUAGACAAUUUGGCUAAACUAGGACAAAAUUAGGUCUACCGAUAUAUACAUUUUCAAAAAGCAUCCUGGAAAUGUGCUUAAUUCUAUACUACACCUCAUACUAUUAUUUUUUUAUAUUUAAGGUGGCUAUUUUAUUUGUCAGAAUUAAGUUAUUAUUUCCAAUUAUUUAUAACCAAGAAUCACUUGAUAUGUUCUUGAAAUAUCUGUUCAAAUUUUAGAUCUGUAAAUCUUGUACAAUCUCUUGACUCUUUUCACAAUUAACGUUUAGGUUUUACCCCUUUCUGAUUUCCCUAGUUUGGGAAUUCAUUUAGAAAUACAAAUUAUUAGAGAAAAUGCAAAAGUCUAUAUCUGUCUCAUACUUAAUGAUAGUUCACAAGAUAAGUAUCCCAUUAAACUGAAUCUAAAAGUUCAAUAAUGCUUUAUAAAAACUUUGUACAACUUUGCAUUUUAAAUUAUUUACUUUUAAAGGCCAUUCAUUUUAAAGGGUCAAUAUUUUGUACUGCUUUUUGAGAGUUGCCUGUACAUAGAAUUUGUGUCUUUAAAAGGCAUAGUAAAUGUAGGAAGCUGCUGAUACUAGAAGGAUUUUUGUACAGCGUGUAAAAAUAAAAUGUUAUUGUCAAA